AUGUCUCUCCUAGACCGAGGUGAAAAUGCAUUACCAGAAAAUUGCCGACGAUUGGUUGUUUUAGGUUCGAGCAAGGUCGGAAAGUCGGCUAUUGUGUCAAGGUUUCUGUAUGACCAGUUUGAUGGCAUAUACACACCAACUGUCGAGAACUUUUACCAGAAGAUAUACAAAAUUCGAGGAGAAACCUACAGACUGGAUAUACUAGACACUUCCGGGUUCCAUCCAUUUCCAGCGAUGAGAAGGUUGUCCUAUGUUACAGCGGAUUUGUUUUUACUGGUUUACGAUGUCAGCAGCCGAGAGUCCUUCGAGGAAGCGAAAAAGAUAUUACAACAAUUGCAAGAAUACUGUAGUCAAACAAUGCCAGUCUCGUGUCAUUUACCACCGCCUUUGGUUCUUGUGGGUAACAAGUUCGACCUUGCCAAAAAUCGAGCGAUUCACUGUGCGGAGAGUUUAACAAUUCUGGCGGGAAGACCAAUGUGUGAUUUUGUAGAAACGUCUGCUAUGUUAAACAUCAACAUCGAUGAAGCGUUCGUUCGUCUGUUUGAACUGGCAGAUCUUCCACCAGAAAUGAGCCCAGCUUUGCACCGAAAAGUGACUCCCUCGUAUGACGGAAGUGGUACAAAAAAGGGACUGUUUGGGUUUGUUAAUCGUAAGAUAAGUGAAGCAUGUGGCGCUGUGCAUCCGAAUGCAAGACGACCAAGCAUGAAUACAGAUCUUCUGAUGGCUCAGAACAGAAAGAGCUUUCUUGCUUCCCAAAUUAGACGAAGCAGUCCGUUACCGAAAAAGAAAAAAUCAAAAUUUACGCCUUUGUUGGUAGCAGUAUGUUGGUGA